UGGACAUCCUAAAACUGUUAUCGCGUCGACGUUCCCUCAUCGCACAAUAAUCCGCCGGCCCGCACACUGCCCAUGACCCCUCAGCUUAUCAGCCAGACGCAAGGCUUCUAAUUGAUCAUCGCAGCAGUUCGCCUUCCACGGCCUCUCUCAUCAGCACCUGAACCCCUGUGUCUACAUCUUCCCUCCCUUUCACGUUAGGGAGUGUCACAACGUAUCCGACAGACUUGUACCCGGCACUCGAUAUAGCCGGUGCAGGUUUCAGCCCGCGCCCUAUCUCGGAACGAGAUUCAUAUCGGAAGCCUGUUGCCCCCGUUAGCUCGGCAACGUGUCGAGAGAGACAGGUUCGGCGUUGGCCGACGGCCUAGACAGGCUGGAUCUGAGUCAACUGUCUGAAUCAACGCCCUCAUCAUCCGCGUCGGACUCAUUCGAUAUGUCGUCGUCGGAAGGUGCACCGGAGUCAUGGAUCGCCUCCUUCUGCUCCUUGAUGGGUCAUGAGUUCUUUGCAGAAGUCUCGGAGGAUUUCAUUGAGGAUGACUUCAACCUCACUGGUCUCCAGUCACAAGUUCCCAUGUACAAGGAGGCGCUGGAGAUGAUAUUGGACGUGGAACCGGAGGAAGACGACGAGGACGAGGAGGAAGAGGACGAGGAUGAGGAUGAAGACGAGAUACUGGGCGAUGACAAGCCUCCGGGCUACCGAAGAGCUGGAGAGCGCAGACAUGCGCGGGUGGCAAGCGAUUUGAGUGUGAUUGAGGGCUCAGCCGAGUUGUUAUACGGCUUGAUUCAUCAACGGUACAUCACUUCACGACCUGGUAUCCAGCAGAUGCUUGAAAAAUAUGAGAUGCAGCAUUUUGGUGUCUGUCCCAGAGUAUACUGCAAUGGUUGCAGGGUCUUGCCCGUUGGUCGCUCAGAUACCCCCGGCCAGGAGACGGUCAAAUUGUUUUGUCCCAGUUGUCAGGACUUGUACACACCACCCAACAGUCGAUUUCACUCGGUUGAUGGCGCCUUCUUCGGCACUACUUUUGGCUGCCUGUUCUUUAUGACUUUCCCCGAUUUGGAUAUUGGAUCUCGGAUGGAUAGUUCCCUGUCUGCUCUUUCUCCCACGCGCUCUUCCUCCCUGACAUCUUCCUCUAUCAACAACCAGGUGUCUCCAGAUGUGCCGCCUCCCAACCAGCCCGUCGAGAUCAACGGCAUGCGCACGGUCAACUUCAGCCCUGGUCUCGGCCCAGGCCGCAUUUAUGAAUCAAGGAUCUAUGGAUUCCGUGUUUCGGAGAGGUCACGGUCAGGUCCCCGCAUGAAGUGGCUGCGCAUGAAACCCCUUGAUAUUCGCGAAUUGGACGAAAUGUCUCGCUACGAAGCGCUACAUGGGGAGGCGGAUAACGAUGGUGACACCGAGAUGGGCAGUGGUAAUGGCACCGCUGCUCAGAACGCUGCCAUCGCCAGACGGAAGAAAGCCCCAAUGCGGAGGCGCCGGUACAACCCGGACCAAAUGAGCAUCAACGGAGCGGACGCUGGCUGAAAUAAUUGUCGUCAUGCUUGGAUGAAACUUCGCGC